AUGCAGAUGUUCGACGUCACCGUCAACAACACCGGCACAACCUGGGUUGUGUCUCAACCAUACGUUGCUGUCACCCUUAAGGGCGAUGGCCUCACAACGUACCGACAAGGCAAGAUUACGCGCCUUCGCCCCGGCGACUCCGCCAUCUUGGAACUCGGUGUUCAGACAGAUACUGUCCAUGUGAACCGAGCGGUCAAUGCCACCGCUCACUGGGAUGAUGGAGGCUCCUGCCAAGGCUCGACUAGCUUUAGCUUUACGGCUGCAUACGGCAUCCCGAACUACCAAGCCAAUGUCGCCUCGGUGAGCAACCACGAAGCUCCGAACUGGUAUCGCGACGCCAAGUUCGGUAUCUUCAUCCACUGGGGUCUAUAUUCCGUACCAGCAUACCAUUCUGAGUGGUACUGGUGGGACCAAAUGGCCAAGGGCGAUAAGAACGAUGUUUAUGACCACCAUUUGAAGACAUACGGUGAUAAAGUCGUCUACGAUGACUUCAUCGCCAAUUUUACAGCCGCCAACUUUGACCCUAAGGCCUGGAUGGACCUGAUCAGCGAUGCGGGCGCUCAGUACUUUGUACCUACCACGAAGCAUCACGACGGAUUCGCCCUAUUCAACAUGUCCUCGAGCAUUUCGAACAGAAAUUCAGUCAAGCUAGGCCCCAUGAGGGAUCUCCUUGGCGAGCUUUUCGCCGCCGCCAAGCAAUAUCAUCCGGAGAUCCACCGAGGCACGUACUUCAGCGUCCCCGAGUUUUACACCCCAGCGUCCCCCCAAAACAGUGGACUCGGCUGGCACUUCUACCUGGGUGCCCCGAAGAACGCAUACACUGGCAAAGAGGUCCCGUACACCGGCUUCGUUCAGAAUGAAUUCAUUUCCGGUAUCCAACUACCCCAGAUGAACAUCUUGGCCAACGACUACGACACAGAACUCAUGUGGUGCGAUAUGAAGGGGCCGUCGAUGGCAGACCGGUUCGCGGCCGACUACUUCAAUAAGGCCUUCAGAGCGAAUAAGCCGGUCGUCAUGAAUGACCGCUGCGGACGCGUGAACGGCCAGUCGGUCCCGGGUGAUUACGGCACACCCGAAAAUGAAGCCAACGUCGCCUUCAAUCCGAAGCUAUGGGAAGUGUGCCGCACCAUGGAUCAGGGCCGUCCUGACGGUUCAGGUUCUUGGGGCUACAACGCGGAUACGCCUGACUCCAAGUACAUGAACUCAACCGCCAUCGUGCACACGCUACUCGAUGCCAUUUCCAAGGGAGGCAACCUGUUGUUGAACAUAGGUCCCAAGCCGGAUGGUACGAUCAAGGAGAUCAUGCAGACUAACCUGCGUGCUGCCGGCGCAUGGAUUAAGUCUCACUCUGAAAGCAUUUUCGGCACUAAGUACUGGCCACUUGGCAAGGGUGGAUCUGGCAACUUCCGGUAUACCGAGACCGAUCAGGCAUUCUACAUCCACUGCCUCACGAAACCGAGUGGAUCCAUCACCAUAACCGACCCAAUCCCUUGGAUGCAGGGCGAUAAAGUCACCGUUGUGGGUGGCUCCAAGAACGGCGCUACGGUCAGCGCUAGAGCAUCUGGCAAUAACAUCGUUCUGGAUGUACCUCAGGAGAUUUCUGAUGCGGACCAGUAUGCUUGGACCUUCAAGAUUACGUACUAA